AUGUUGUUUAGACAGUUGGCUGUUGCCGCGACUGGCAGUCUCGCUCUGGGGGUCUUGGCUAGUCCCUUGGCUGCUGGCCACGCCGAACUCGCCACUCACAAACGUCAGGUCCCUGAUACUCAUGUGCUUCAUGAGCGACAGCUUGCACACUGGGGACGACAGUGGGCAAAGAGGGACAAGGUCCCUGCUCGGGCAUUGCUUCCCAUGCGCAUCGGUCUGGUCCAGAGGAAUCUCGAAGCCGGAGCCAAGCGUCUGAGAGAAAUUUCCAAUCCCAAGUCGGCAGACUAUGGAAAGCACAUGUCGGCCGACGAGGUCAUUGACAUGUUUGCACCCUCUGAUGCCGUGGUUGAAGCCGUCCGGGAAUGGCUCAUUGACGCCGGCUUUGAGGGCGACGACAUUUCCCUGUCUGCCAACAAGCAGUGGAUCCAAUUCGAUGCAUAUGCCGAGCAAGUCGAAGAGCUCCUGGCAACCGACUACUUUACCUAUGAGCAUCUCGCCUCGGGCAGUCAAAUGGUUGCCGUCGAAGAGUAUCACGUGCCUCUUGAACUCCGAGACCACAUUGACUAUAUUACUCCCGGCGUCAAGCUACGAGCCGACCCUGGAAAGCUCAAGAAGAUGAAGCGUCGGUACGAGCAGGAACAGCUCAAGAGCCGCAAUGUCAAGCCCAUGUACACGAAUUUCGAAGUGCUACGUGAUGCAGAGACUGACGCGUCUGCUCUUCCCCCGCUGAAUAAUACCGUCUGCGACGUCUAUGUCACGACGGCCUGCAUCAGAGAUCAGUACAGCAUUCCCAACAAUACCCUGGCUGCGGCAGGCAACGAACUAGGUAUCUUUGAGUCGCUCGACGACCACUACAGCAGAGAGGAUCUCGACACUUUUUUCUCUACCCUCUACCCGUACAUUCCCAAUGGCACCUAUCCCGAGGACAGACUGAUUGAUGGUGCUAUUGGUGCCGUCGAGGAUGUUCCCGGCUACACUCAAGAGGACGCCGGUGUCGAGUCUGACCUCGACUUUGAGGCUGCUUGGCCCUUGAUUUGGCCUCAAAAGACGGUCCUGUUCCAGACAGACGACGAGUUCAUCGAGGUGAACCAGACCACGGCCGACACGCCCUACUUUGGAUUUUACAAUACCUUUUUCGAUGCCAUUGACGGCUCGUACUGCACGUACUCGGCCUAUGGCGAGACGGGUGAUUGUACCGACCCCGAGUGUCUGGACCCCAUUUACCCAGACGACAACCCCGGCGGCUACACGGGACAGCUCCAGUGCGGCGUCUACCAGCCCACCAAUGUCAUUUCCAUCUCGUACGGUGGCGGCGAGGCUGAUCUCCCGGCCUACUACCUCAAGCGCCAGUGCGACGAGGUCAUGAAGCUCGGCCUGCAGGGCGUCACGGUCCUCGAGUCCUCGGGCGACUAUGGUGUCGCCUCGUUUCCCGGCGACUUUGGUCUGGAGAAUGGCUGCGCCGGGCCCGAGGGCACCAUCUUUUACCCUUCGGCCGACGCCACCUGCCCGUACGUCUUGGCCGUGGGCUCGACGCAGUUUAACCACAGCACCACCACGACCUAUUUCGAGACGGCCACGUCGCGCUUCCCCAGCGGCGGUGGCUUUUCCAACUACUUUGACGCUCCCGACUGGCAGACGGACGCCAUCUCGGCCUACUUUGACGAGGUCACUCUCGACUUUACCGGCUACACUGAAGCCGGCACCAACUUUAGCGACGUUGGCGACGGCGUCUACAAGAUUGGCGGCCGUGGCUAUCCUGAUGUUUCCGCCAUUGGUGACUAUUACGUCGUCUUUACCGAGGGCGUCUGGGCUCGUGUCGGUGGUACCUCGCUGUCGUCGCCCGUCUUUGCUGCGGUUUUGACUCUGGUCAAUGAGCACCGCUUGGCGGCAAACAAGAGCACUGUGGGCUUUAUUCAGCCUACCUUGUAUGCCCACCCCGAAGUUUUCAAUGAUGUCACCGAGGGUUCCAACCCUGGAUGUGACUCGACUGGCUUUCCCGCCGCUGCUGGAUGGGAUCCCGUCACUGGCCUUGGAACUCCCAACUACCCCAAGCUUGUCGACCUCUUUCUCAGUUUGUAG